CCGAGUGGCGGCGGCGGCGGCGGCGGGCGGCCGAGUGGCGGGAUGGCGGGCGCCGCGAGCGAGUCGCGCUUCGCGGGGCUGUCCCUAAUGCAGCUGCACGAACUGCUGGAGGACGACGAGCAGCUCGGCGACAUGGUGCGGGGGAUGGAGGAGACACAGACUGUUCAGCUUAACAAAGAGAUGACGCUGGCUAGCAACCGGAGCCUGGCGGAGGAAAACCUUUUGUACCAGCCCCAACUGGAUGCUCGGAAAGCUCGCCUGACCCAAAAAUACCAGGAACUCCAGGUUCUCUUUGAGGCCUAUCAGAUAAAGAAGACCAAGCUAGAUAAACAGUCAAACAGUGCUUCCUUGGAGACUCUGUUAGCGCUUCUUCAAGCAGAAGGGGCCAAGAUUGAGGAAGACACUGAGAACAUGGCAGAGAAGUUUCUGGAUGGAGAGCUUCCUCUAGAUGCCUUCAUUGAUGUCUACCAGAGCAAGCGGAAGCUGGCACACGUGCGACGUGUGAAAGUAGAGAAACUCCAGGAGCUGGUGCUGAAGGGACAGAGGCUCCCACAAGCCGGGGCCCCAGUGCCACCCAGGGUGCCUGAGCCAUUAACUGCCACUCCCCUGGCCUACCCCUCUCUGGAGGCCACUGGGCUCCCUUCUGUUGUGCCUCGGCGCAUCCCCCCACCUCCACCUCCAGCGCCUGCAGGACACGUAGCCACCCCGUUCACGGCUGCCAUGGGCUCAGGACAGGCUUCUCCAUACCCAGGAUUACAGUGCCCACCUCUGCCCCCCAGGGUGGGCCUCCCGCCUCAGCAAGGAUUCUCUGCACAGUUGGUGUCACCAUACCCGCCAGCCCUGCCCCAGAGACCCCCUCCACGGCUGGCCCCGCACCAGCCAGGCUUCAUCCUCCAGUGAGCUCCGGCGCCCAUUCUUCCUGCGAGACACUCUCUGCCUGCCGUGCCAAGCUCUGCAAACGGAGGCUGUGGAGUCUAGCAUCUAGGCCAACGGCCUGGGUGCCCUGGGCCAGUGUGUCCAUCUGAUUUUAGAACUGUAGGUCCAUGGUGAGUAAUAGAGAGCGAGUUUUGUGGACCAAGGAAGCUCUGUUCCUGCCAGGCCAAAGUCUGGCACACCUGCUAUCCCAUCAUUCUGUAUUCUGGGUGUGAUUUCUAUGUAUCUAGUGUUGAUGGACUUGUGCAUUUGGGAAGAUAACCUCCCCCCUUCCAAUUCAGAAUCACAGCUCUCACGUUGCAGCUUUAUUUAAAAAGCAUGGUUAAUUAUAUGUUUUCAAGUCUUGGUCCACCAGCUCCUGUGGCGCUAAUAAAGGCUGGUUUAUACUGGCCAGCCAGGAACACACACCCAUAGCCAGGCCUCGCUGCUGGGCAGCUGUGCUGUUGAUCCGGUCUGUGCUGGACAGGUCAUUACACCCCUCCCUCCCUCCCGACAGACUGGAUCUCUCGGUUCAAAACCGUGAGCAGAGUUUGUAGUUGGCUGCUGUGCAGAGGCCGGAGAGCUGCGGCUCUGGGUGUGAGGCCGGGGUCCCCACCCUCCCCUCAAGCCUCAUGACGGUUUCUGUGAAAGAAAUAAUACUCAGUGUUUUUACUACACUUGUAAUUUUCCUGUUUUAUAUUUGAAAACUUUUUUGAUGCUCUCAAGACCAUUCAGGGAAACUUUUUUAAAAAUGCAGAUACUGUUUCCGAGCUGGUUAAAAAUGCAGAUUUAUUGAGUGCUGCUUCCUGUCAGGCGAGCAGUGCAUGGUCACAUCCGUCAGCGCCCCUGCUGUGCCUUAGCUCCCUUCACUUGGUGCCAGGACUCAGCUGCCUGCAGUAUGCCAGCCAUGGCUGCCCUGUGGGGCCCACGGCCAGGCAGGCCCCUUGCACUGUCAGAGGAGGCCCAUCCCCUUCAACCCGGGCACUCUGGGGCAGUGUUCUGUGCCAUCGUGGACAGCGCUGAGGGAUUUGGGGAGACCCCUCGCAGGGUUGGCAACAGCGGCUCCUUCCUCUCUGGGAUCUCAUCUUCAGGUGCCACAUGCGCAGUUCCCAGGGCAGGUGGGAGAGGGUGGCACCCACACCUGUUCCAGAAAAGGGCUGUGUGCCUGUCAGUGGAACCUAGAGCCCUUCUUACCCUGCCAGCUGGCUGCAAGCCAAGGUGACAGUCAGGGCAGAGCUGAUUAGAGAGCCUGUCCCUGGCAGGGCCACCAGCCUUUGUCCCCAAGUCAUGGACUUGGACUCUACCCCACGGGACUAUUCUGUAAACUGACAGAGCUGUAUGUGCCACCUUAAUACCUCUGCCACCAGCUGCCAUCAGGAACUCCCACUGCCCAGGCACGGGCUGCAGCCAAUGGGAGCUCCAGGUGGAUGUGGUGAAGGGGCCGCCAGGCUGACCUUGCCAUCACUGCCCAGGGCCCUCUCUGGCACCAGGGUUGUAAAGCUGUAGAACUUUAAUAAAUUGAAUUAUUAAUUUCAA